AGCUGGACCCGCGUCGGAAACCUGCGUCAGGAAAGGGAUAACGGAGGCGGAAGCCCGUCGAGUCAGGCACCUCCGACAACGCAAUGAAAUCGAUGAGAGGAUGAUAAAUCAAUAUGAGCGCGCGAACGCACCAGGCUGUGAGACGUUACAUCUCGGGCCGCAGUUCCGCUAUGAGCGGUCACGUGUGCAGAUAAAGAAAAACAGACACGACGCCUGCGCACGAAGGGCGCAUCUGAACUUUCAGAGAUGCAACAACAGCCCAAAGCUGGAGGCUUCAACUUGCGCUAUGUGGGCGGGAAAUCUCCUUGAGACGUCCGGGGAAGGCAAGGUUGUCCGGGGAAGAGUCGCUUCUUUAUAUGUCCAGCCCUCGUCGCAAGAAUGGGGGGAAUGGCUCGAGUGUCAGCGCCGCUUGGUGAAUUCGAUCAUUGGACAAGCACACUUGGGAGCAGUCGUCCCCAUUUUACCCUCAAGUCGGGCGUCCAAGUGCGUCCCGAGGGGCUGGAACCCAUCCUUUCGUCGUGGUGCAUCGAUUUUGCUGUGUGGAGGGGGAUCUUCCUCCCACUUUGAAGAGGGUCAUGGAGGAAGACAGUCUCAGUUCCCUACCGUCGUCAACAAAUGCAGUAUUUUAUUUUUAUUUCCCGUUCAUUACUCUAUUUAAGUUCCAUCUCAAAUGUUAUUUAAGCAGCCUUGCAUCUCUAGCAAAUUCCAUUCUGCUCUUCAGGGAACUGAAAGGCGAGAACCCGAAAGUGCCCCAUAAUCCCUCAUAAGUGGGAGUUCAAUCAGAAAGCAGAUUCUCCGUCAACUUCACAUGGAAAUAAGAAUCCCG